AUGCAUGGUCUGAUACCAGAUAUUGAUGAUGACACAUACACUAUGGAUUCAAAACUUCAGUAUGGCUUAAAUCACACAUUAUAUGCCACCAUCUCUUCUCUAGGAGAUUUCCUGGUUAUUUUCGGAGAGCCACGCCCCGGCGCGGCCAAGCUCUUCCGGCGCGACGUGAGCUCCGCGGAGUCCAAUGGGAGCGUGACGCUGGGGCCGCGCAGGCGCGGUGCAGACUCUCCCGGAAGUCAGUGUCUCGGUGCUGAGCGCGAACUUGAGAAGAUGAACCCUUUAACUAAAGUGAAGCUGAUCAACGAGCUGAAUGAGCGUGAGGUCCAGCUUGGGGUGGCAGAUAAGGUGUCCUGGCACUCCGAGUACAAGGACAGCGCCUGGAUCUUCCUGGGAGGGCUUCCUUAUGAACUGACUGAAGGGGACAUCAUCUGUGUGUUCUCACAAUAUGGGGAGAUUGUUAACAUUAAUCUGGUGCGGGACAAGAAGACUGGGAAAUCCAAAGGAUUCUGUUUCCUUUGCUAUGAAGACCAGAGGAGCACAAUUCUGGCUGUUGACAAUUUUAAUGGGAUCAAGAUCAAAGGACGAACUAUCCGAGUGGAUCAUGUGUCUAACUAUCGAGCUCCUAAGGACUCAGAAGAAACAGAUGAUGUGACCAAAGAACUCCAGGAGAAGGGCUGUGGCGCUCGCACCCCCUCAGUGAGUUCAGCUGAGGGUUCUGAAGAUGACAAACCCACAAAAAAACACAAAAAAGACAAAAAGGAAAAAAAGAGAAGAAAGAAAGACAAAGAGAAGACUGACCGGGAGGUACAGGCAGAGCAGCCACCCUCCUCUUCACCACCCAGAAACAAGAUGGUAAAGGAAGAGGAUGACCCUGACUCUAAAAAGCACAGCAGCAAGAACUCAGAGAAGGGCCAGAAGUCAGAGCUCAGAGAGCUGCGAAAGCACCAGCACAGCUCUCCUGAGGUCAGGGCGACCUGCCGCGGUGGCGCAGAGGACAGAGAGCGGGAGCUGAAGAAAGAGAAGGUGAAGCAUGAACAUAAGUUCUCAAUCAGGAAGGAAGAGAGAGAAGAAAAGAACAGAGAUAGAGACAGAGUUCGAAGCUCAGACACAUAUUCCAGCUGGCCCAGUGGGCGUUCUGAGGGGUGUAGUCAGAGAAGUAGAAGUAGGAGCCGAGAGAGGUCGAACAGGCAUAAGAGGGCCCGGCACUCCCGGGACCGGGAGUCCUCUAACCUCAGUGACCGCAGGCACCACUGAAGCCGUGGCCUGUCUGGUGGCCCGAUAGAACUGGAAAUGAAUGUGCGCUUUCAAAUGCAGUCAUAUUCAGUUAGGCUUUUACUGUUACUGUAAGUAAACUCUCUGAGGCUGAAUUCUUCCAAUCCCUUGAGUACUAGAGUCACCGAGAGCUGUAGUUUUAACAGCCACAGAGCCUGGAGUUUUGAGUAAAUUUCUUGUUCCUGGGAAUUUGCUCAGUACUUACCAGACGAGGUAUCCUAGAUUUGGUUUCAUAAAUGUGGCCCUUGAAUUUACGACCCCCAUUCAUGAUGAAAUUGCUAGGAAAGGGGAAAUACCAAGCAGUUCUAGAAUUCUAGUCUUUGUGCUAGAGGUGUGGGUGACCUUUCCAUUGGCAGGUACAGCCGUAGCAUAGAGAAGGGUGGUUUGACUAGGUCUGGACAACUUGAUAUGAAUGCAAUAGUGAUUCUUAACACCAGGCCCCUCCUUCUGCACCCCACCCUCCUUUUAAAAAAUUUAAAAAAAAUGUCUCUUUUUUAACAU